AUGAGAUUCUUCAUCAUUCUUGUUUUGGCUCUUCUGGCUGUCACUGCUCUUGGUAAGUUCAAUUUGAACUUGAAAAAUUGAAAAAAAUGAAAAUUUUAAACCUUGACUUUUCUUUGAAUAAUAUCAUAUACACCAUGAUCUUUCAGGAGCCGCGAACCGCGGUAAGAAGCCAGCCCACCACCCUCCAGCCCACAAAGCUCCAGCUCACAAAGCCCCAGCCAAAGCCGGUACUAAAACUCCAUCUGGAACUGGUGCCACUUCCGCUGCCAAGACUACUGGUGCUGCUGCGGCCGCUACUACCGUCAAGGCGGCUUAG